UACAGAGAGCACUAGAUUUCCAUCUGCUGUUAACACACAGAGAGGAAGUGAAACCGUGCUCCCUCGCCUUCCACACUGGGUAACGUUUGGGAACGGGACUCAGGUCGUCGGAAUGAAGGCCCUCAUCUUUGCAGCUGCCGCAGUCAUGCUUCUCUCACCCACUGCUUGUCAGAGCGGUAUGGGAAACAACACAGACAACUUGGAAGAGCCAACGUUACUUAUUAAGACCUUCCGUGGAGCUCCCCUGAAUACUUUUGAAGAGAUCCCCUUUUCCGCCAUAGAAGACUGGGCAGAAACCACAAAUGUAAAAAUUAAGUGCCCUGAAGAAAGCGUUUCAAAUCUCCACGUGAAUAAUGCUACCGUGGGGUAUCUGAGCAGCUCCUUAAGUACCAGACUGAUACCUGCCAUCUACAUCCUGGUGUUCGCGGUAGGUGUACCAGCCAACGCAGUGACCUUGUGGAUGCUCUUCUUCAGGACCAGAUCCAUCUGCACGACCAUCUUCUAUAUCAAUCUGGCCAUUGCAGACUUUCUUUUUUGUGCCACACUGCCCUUUAAAAUAGCUUACCACCUCAAUGGGAACAACUGGGUAUUUGGAGAGGUCUUGUGCCAGGCCACCACAGUCAUCUUUUACGGCAAUAUGUACUGCUCCAUUCUGAUCCUCGCCAGCAUCAGCAUCAGCCGCUACCUAGCUAUUGUCCAUCCUUUUAUUUACCGGGGGCUGCCCAAGCGUACCUAUGCCUUGAUAAUGUGUGGGUUGGUUUGGGCAACAGUUUUCUUAUACAUGCUGCCAUUUUUCAUCCUGAAGCAGGAGUAUUACCUUGUUCACAGGGACAUUACCACCUGCCAUGACGUCCACAACAUAUGUGCAUCUUCAUCUCUCUUCCAACUCUACUACUUCAUCUCCUUGGCAUUUUUUGGAUUCUUAAUUCCAUUUGUGGUCAUUAUCUACUGCUACACAACCAUCAUUCGGACGCUUAAUGCAUAUGACAAUAGGUGGUUGUGGUAUGUUAAGGCGAGUCUCCUCAUUCUCGUGAUUUUUACUAUUUGCUUUGCUCCAAGCAAUAUCAUACUUAUUAUCCACCAUGCCAGCAACUACUAUAACACUGACGGUUUAUACUUUAUCUAUCGCAUAGCUUUGUGCCUGGGUAGUCUGAAUAGUUGCUUAGAUCCAUUCCUUUAUUUUCUCAUGCCAAAAGCCCCAGAUCACUCCACUGCUUACCUUACAAUAGUGAAAUCACCUUAGAGAAAAAGGAACGCCAUUUGUGAAAACAUAUAUUCUUGGGAUAACAUGAGCAUGAGUGCAAAGAGCUCUAUGCUCUAGCUCCAUUUUUGAGCUCCUAAGAGACAGUGCUUCAGAAUAAAAUAUUACAAAAGCACUAGCUUUAAAAAAACACUACCAGUAUUGUAAGAACAUCAGUACAGGAGAAAAGGCAUCACCACUCUCUUUACGGCAACUGACACAUCUGCCUGACUGGGGGACUUCAAGCUCUUUAUAUCUCCAUAUUCUCUACUCUAUGAGCUUUGUCCUGUAGAUGGAGAGUGGGAAAAGGGACAAUGACACAGCAUGGGGAGAAGCUAAGAUCUCAGUUUUAUGUACCUGGCAUCAUUUUUGAUUCUUUUGCCUCCUUCAACUUUCAUGCUGGUGGCUGCCUCAUCCGCUGAUUUGAUCUUUAAAAUCACUAGGACCCAUUGUCUUAGUCCCAUCUUUGCCUUCCAGCCAUUCUCUUCCCCUCCACUUCAUGGGGGCCACAGCCAUAUUUUUCUUCCUCAACUAUUGGUUUCAAUAUCUCACUCAAACCCCCCAGCUCAUUGCAGCACUAUUUACAGUAGCCAAACCAUGAAAGCAACCCAAGUGCCCCUCAGGAGAUGAGUGGAUAAAAAAUCUGUGGCACAUAUGCCCUAGCUGGUGUGGCUCAGUGGAUUGAGUGUCAGCCUGCAAACCAAAGGGUCACCUGUUUGAUUCUCAGUCAGGGCACAUGACUGGGUUGUGGGCCAGGUCCCCAGUAGUGGGCACGAGAGGCAACCACACACUGAUGUUUCUCUCCUUGACUCCCUCCCUUCUCCUUGCUCUAGAAGCAAAUAAAUAAAACCUUUUUAAAAAGUGGUGGCACCUACAGACAAUGGAAUACUAUUUGUUCAUAAAAAAAAAUGAAAUCUUACUGUUUGCAACAGCAUGGACCUAGAGGGUACUGUGCUCAGUGAAAUAAAUCAGAGAAAGAGAAAAAUACCAUAUGAUUUCACCUAUAAGUGGAAGCUAAAUAACCAAACAGGUGAAGAAACAAAGUGGAAACACACUUAGAGACACGGAGAGAGGACUGUGGUUGCCCGAGGUGAGGGGCACUGGGGACUGGGUGAAAGAGGUGAGGGGACUAAAAACCACAAGUUGGUAGCUACAGAACAGUCAUGGGGAUGGAGAGACAGCAUAGGGAUAUAGCCGAUAAUAUUGUGAUAACUGUGUAUGGUGCCAGGUGGUGUACUGAACAAAAUCGAGGGGAAUGCUGUGUAAAGUAUAUGAUUAUCUAGUCACUAAGCUGUAUA